GCCGUUUCAGCCUCCCACUCGCGCCUCUCUUGCCGUCCCACCCUCGACGAUGUCCACGCGUCCUUCAUCUCUCCGUCUCCCGUCCUGGAGUACGAAUUCAGCUGCAGCAGCACCCCGCCGAGGCGUUCCUACACCCCCGUCCACGUCAGACGCAAGGCAAACAACAACCGCCACGUGUACCUCCGCUACAACACGCUCCCGAAGGUACGACCCGUCCCGAAGAGACACGUGGCAGUCGCUGAGGUAGCGACCAGUGAUACGACAGCGUGGAGCUGCCACGUGGACAUGGACGCUGAGGAGUUCAUUCAGAGGUUUUAUAGACAGCUGAGGCUGCAGAAGUGGAUGGCUCAAGAUAAUUGAAACAAAUUUUCAUGUUAGGGCUCGCAUAAUUUCGUGUAUAUAUAUAUAUGUAUAUACACACGUAAUUUUCAUACCUCUGGUUAUUUUCGUUUUGAAUUUCUUCUAUCUAUAUGAUCUAUAUACGUGUUCUAUAAGGUCGUGAUUUUCAUGAUCGGA